AUGAAAGAAACAAAAGAAACAAAUGGCAGCAAUUGGGAAGACUCAGAAGAAACUGCUGCUUUCAACAAACUCAAACUGCUGCGCAAAGCCGCGCAGCUGAAAGCCCCCAGAGUGAAGGAAGAGAGGAACGACGAGCAGCAGCAGCAGCACCAGCAGCAGCUGCUGCAGCUGCAACAGCAGCAGCAGCAGCAGAAGCAGGAUGCGGCAAAGCCUCCCAAGGGCGAGUGA